ACAUAAAAAGCCAAAUCAUGCCUGUAUGAUGUAUGAAUGACACUUUACUGUAAUACAUGUAUGUGCAUGCAAAAGUCUUAAACGUAAAUUUACAACACAAUUUAAAAAAAUGUUUUACGUAUGUAAAGCAAAAAUGCUUGAACAAAUAUUGAAAUGAAAAGACGAAAACAAACACAUUCGCAAAAUAGCUCUUUUAUACUGCUGCACAAAUACAGAAGACAAUACUAAGGAUUUGGUGAUAUUGGGUGCCUAUGACUUCAGCACAGCACUGUAUGUAAGUGUGCGUGAAUGAGCUCAGUGGUAAAGCAUUAGACUGCGGAUCAGAGGGUUGGCAGGUUUGAUUCCUCCUGUGUGUCCCUGGUUAAGAGGGUCAGCUGAGUGAACAGAUGCUGUGUGUCCUGCAGCCCAUUGGGACAUGGGAGGUGGACAGUCUGCUGGAGCUGUACUCUGAGCUGGUGCUGCCAAGGGCUGGAGACGUCCUGCUGCCAAGGGCUGGAGACGUCCUGCUGCCAAGGGCUGGAGACAUCCUGCUGCCAAGGGAACACCUGCUGCCCAGGGAACACCUGCUCCCCAGAGAGACAGGCAGAGAGACAGGCAGAGAGACAGGCAGCCUGUUCAUGGAGAUGUUCGCCAGGCUCACACACGAAGUCCGGCGCUGUCAAAGAGAGCACCCCACCACACCAGCUACAGCCAAUAAGAAGAGCAUCCGGAAGACGAAGAGAAAGCUUGUGAAGGUGAUGAAGCGGGGGGGGAUGCAGGGGUGAGGAAGGCUGUGGGGGAGUUUCCCCAGAUCCUCCUCUGGAUCAGUGAGCUCCAGGUCCUGAACCACACCGAGAGAGAGUGACACACACACUCACACACACACACACGCACACACACACACACUCUCUCUCACACAGACACACACAGGGAUGACAUCACUCCUGCACUUCUACCAAGGUAGAACACCCUGUCCCACAAUGAUGACAUCACGCCUAUAACUCAGGGACUGGCUUCCCCUGGCUGGUGACUCAGCUGUCUUGCAGACCCUCAGAUUUCACCUCAGCUACCUGGUGAGCACAGACCUACACACACCCAGGACCACACACAUGUGAGUGGGGGAUGUGUGUGUGAGUGUGUGUGUGUGUGUGUGUGUUUCCGUUAGCCAGUACAUCAUCUCCAGCUAACAGGGAUGUUUUUACAGGUAUUAAUUCAGUUGUAUUAACACAGUUCAUCAUGUCAGCUCAGACAUAAGUAUUAUGCUGUACUGUAGUUUACUGAUGACCUCUCUGAUGCUAACCUGGUGAGGCUAGGCAGUGUGUGUGUGUGUUACCGUACACUGUCUGGAUGAAACAGGGACCAAAUGCCAAAGCCUUAUCGAGUCCAAAAGAAUCAUUAGGGUUUCAAACGUCUCAUCUGGGUUCUGGAACGUCAGGGUUCUGGAAGAUCAGGGUUUUAGAACGUCAGGGUUCUGGAACAUCAGAGUUCUUUGUGGAACUUAUGUGUUACAAACUUAUUUUGAAUUUUAAACUUAUUUUGUUGUUACAAAUAGUUCUUUAAAGCAUUGCUGUCAGUUGUGAAGUGUGGAGAAGUGAUUUCUCCCUGCACCCCCCCUGCUUACGUUCUAGUGGGCUCAUAGAAACGCCAUAGCAACAUGGAGGACUGUGUAUCACUGUAGUUGUCCCAUUAUUUCAGAAACGUAAAACUGUAACAAUGUCCCUACAGAAUGCUGAUUAGGAGUUUUCAUUUUUCUAUAUUUAUUGAUGUGAGAGUAACUUAUAUGUAAGUUAGUAUUUAUCUUAUUUGUUGAGGAAGGAAAGCGUUGUUUUUAGUAUUUCUUUUCAAUUCAGACACAAAUACUAUGUAGUACAACCUGAUG